AUGCCAAGGACCACAGAGAACAGUCUUAGAGAGUCUACAGGUCGCCGCCACCUUUGCUCCUGCACCUCCAGAGCUGAGCUAAUCUUUGCCGUGAGCCUGGUGGAACAGCGUCUGAGGGAGGUUAGCUAUGCCCAGAGGCUCAGUGAUAUGGUGCCCAUCUUUCUGGCAGCAAUCCUGGAGUUCCUCACCCGCAGGUGGCUGGAGCUUUCGGGCAAUGAGGCCCAACGAAGAGGUACCCAGAGGCGCAUCACUCCUGAACUGCUGGACUUGGUGGUCUACAGCAAUAUGGAGCUAAGUGAUGUGUUCCAAUUCAUCACCAUCUCCUAG